AUGUCCGAUCCCACCUCGACCUCCUCUUCGACUUCAUGGAGUCCGAGCUGGGUCCCGACUACCAGAGACUCCAAGGCCAUGUGGCAAAAGGGCCAUAUUACAUAUGAGACACUAUGGUCCGUCUUCAAGCCCGGGAGCUUGCUCAUCGCAUUUGAAGACAGUCAUCCCUGGCUCCUUCGCUGCUUACGGACCGGCUAUGAGGUGUACAGCACCGCAAAUGCUAUUUGCCACGUUUAUGGCGAGUACACGGACUUUGAUGGGAAGACAUUUGGAACUACCACUCAGGAGUUUCAGAUUCGGCAAAAGGUUAGCUUGAACGGUCUUCAUCCUGGUGCCAUUAACAAACUACCAAUCUUUCCACUUGUGUACUGGACAAAGGAUGAGAAGAAGAUCGAUGACCUGAAAAGAAGGCUUCAGGUCAGAGGAGAGGCCUUCAAAGAGACCGACGGUGUUGCUCUCAGAUACUACCACGGUAUGGCCAAGCAUCUCAGAGAACCUCCAAGGAACUACUACCACGCCUCGCUAGAAGGCUCAGCAGGCUUGUGGAUUGGAUUUACGGUGCACGUCGCAUCAUCACCCUAUAUUAUCCCCUUACUUCGUCGUCAUUGA